AUGGUGAUGCGCCUCAACGGUUACAUGUCCGAAUCUUCCAACCAACGACCUUUGAAUUCUCCUAUCCCAGUUCGCAUCUCACAGACACACCAAUACUCGCUCACAUCUUCGCUAGAGCAGCCUUCAGAUGAAGCGAUACAGCCCAGCCUUCGUCUAAGACUGGCCGAGGUCGAAGACCUAUCACGGGAGCAGGAAGAGAACUUCCUGGUUCUUAUGUGGCAGGCCUAUCAUUGCAUAUAUCCUAUCAUCGCAGAGGAAGAUUUCCGAGAGUAUUACAAUUCUCUUUGGGCUGGAACCAACGGCCAAGGCCCCCGCCAGCCCUCCGCUCUUGUGGACAGCCUGUUGGCCGUCUGCAUGCAGUAUGGCAGCACUUUUUUGGGCGACGAGGAGAAUAUGGCAAAUGGCGAAAAAGAACCGCAGGCUGUGCACUUUCAUACAGCCGCACAUACUUUCUACCGUCGGAGUCAGCACAUGCUGAUGGACACGUUCGAGCACCCUUCAAUCCCGACUCUGCAGAGCCAUAUCUACUGCAUCAUAUAUCAAUACAACGUUGCAAACCUAGAUACCGCUCUUGCCCUUCUUGGGCUAGGCAUCAGAAUUGCUCAUAUGCUGCGGUUACACCUCCGACCUCUGGGCUCUCCCCCACGGGCAAGCCAAGAGCUGCAUUCUCGGAUUUGGUGGACCUUGUACCAGUUGGACAGCCAGAUCUCAAUGUCGCUCGGCCGCCCGCCGCUAAUCAACCCGGAGGAUGUCGGAUGUGCGAUUCCCACUGACAUGCGUGACGCGGUUCAGCUGUCACCCUCUGUGUUGGUAUUACCUCCCGAAGAGGAACUAACUUGGCUCAGCUUCCACGUACAGUAUAUCCGCCUGACGGCCGCGGCGCGUGGAGUCCAAGAGGUGUUCGGUUUGCGCUGCGCCGAGGUGGUACAGGUGAAAGAUAUACAAGACAUUCAAGAGGAUCCGCCCACUCUCGAAUUGCUCGCAAGAUUUAUGAGCAGCGAAAUUCGCCCCAUGUACGACUGGGUGCAGGCCGUGCCACAGUCUCUCAAAAACCAACGUAAGGGUUCAGGCGAGGCCUUGUCGACAGACCGCACACCACUCAAUUUAAACCCUGCUAGCCCGCUAUGGCUACAGCGUCAACGACUACUGUUGGAAAUCACAUAUCAUCAUUUUCAAAUUGCCACUCUCCGCCCUUUUAUCCGCUUUCCUCCGCGAGGCCCGUCCCUCACGCCACUGACCGAUGGUCUCGGCAUUUCUGCUCUCAACCAUGCCGUCGUGUUGACUAAUAUACUAAAACAAGUCCUGUCAGAAACGGAUAUACUAUCCGGUUGGACCCCAGCUUUCCAAUAUCAGUGGGAUGCCACCAUCUGCAUCAUAUCAUUUGUACUUGCGAACCCGGUGUGCCCUCCUACCCCAGCCGCACGCAACGUCUUGCCAGCAGCCUUCCAAAAUCUAAAUACUCUCGGCAAGCCCUUUGCCCCUAGUACCAAUUCUAUUCAGCUUGCAUGGGAGCAGUUCCGUUCCAGUUCAACGCUGCGUGGGUGGUCCCAGUUGACACCUCCAAGCCAAAGCGCCUCGGACACAACGGGGCUGCUAGGGUCUGUGCCGUCUUCCACUGGCAUGGAUACAACUAGCAUGCACAUCACUGGGACUGGAGUUAUGGCUUCUAGCUCACAGCCUACCGAUCCAUUUUCCGGAUUGCUAACCUCGGCAAAACUGCCCUCCAAUGCUAUUAUGGGGAAUGAAUUCCUCGAUUCGGCCGCUAUAACUCCCCCAAUGCAUCUCAUGGACACAUCUUUCAAUCUACCUAUCGAUAUGUUCAUGGAGACUGGUACCCGAUGGAUGCCGAGUAACGCGAUACCAUUGGAUUCUUGGAAUGCCUCUGGAUCUUAA